UGGGAGACAUGCUGGUGAGCAUGGGCUGGUGGGGCUGUGGUGCCUGGCUCUAACACCAGAUUGCUUGAGGAGAGGGGUCCUGCCCCUCACUGGCACCAGUCGAGUUGUGUGGUAAAGGGGUGGCGUAGCACCAGGCAAGCCUGGCAUGAUGCUAAUCCAUCUGUCAUGCAGGGACAAAGCUCCUGGACAGCAGGAGUGUGAUGAGGCCAUUGAUGUCCUGAAGAGGUGUAUGCGGGAGGUAGACCAGGCCCCCCUUGAAGCCAUCAGCCAGCAGCUGGCCCCUCGAGAAGGCAUCUCCCAGGAGGCUUUACACAACCAGAUGAUCACAGCUGUGCAGGAGAUCAACAACCUGAUUGAGCCCGUGGCCAGCGCAGCGCGGGCUGAGGCCUCGCAGCUAGGACACAAGGUGUCCCAGAUGGCUCAGUACUUUGAGCCGCUCAUUUUGGCAGCUAUCGGUGCUGCCUCCAAGACACCCAACCACCAGCAGCAGAUGAACCUCCUGGACCAGACCAAAACGCUGGCUGAAUCUGCCCUGCAGAUGUUGUACACCGCCAAGGAGGCUGGUGGGAACCCCAAGCAAGCUGCCCACACACAGGAGGCUCUGGAAGAAUCUGUGCAGAUGAUGAAGGAGGCUGUGGAGGACCUGACCACCACACUGAACGAGGCAGCCAGCACUGCGGGUGUUUUUGGGGGCAUGGUGGACUCCAUCACCCAGGCCAUCAAUCAGAAGUCAGAGUCAAACCCUAUGUGGGACUUUGUCAUUUCUUGUCUUCUUGCCUACACCAAGAAGGAGCUUAUAGAGAGUGCGUGCAAGGUCUCUGAGAAGGUGUCCCAUGUACUGGUAGCCCUGCAGGCUGGAAACCGCGGGACGCAAGCCUGCAUCACUGCUGCCAGCGCUGUCUCUGGCAUCAUCGCUGACCUUGACACCACCAUCAUGUUUGCCACAGCAGGGACCCUCAAUCGGGAGAACUUGGAAACCUUUGCUGACCACAGGGAGGGCAUCUUGAAGACAGCCAAGGCACUGGUGGAGGACACCAAAGUGCUGGUGCAGAACACCACGGCCAACCAAGAGAAGCUAGCCCAGGCUGCCCAGUCCUCCGUGACUACCAUCACCCACCUGGCAGAGGUGGUGAAGCUGGGUGCUGCCAGCCUGGGAUCUGAAGACCCAGAGACUCAGGUGGUUCUGAUCAGUGCUGUGAAGGAUGUGGCCAAGGCACUUGGGGACCUGAUCAGUGCCACUAAAGCAGCUGCUGGCAAAGCUGGGGAUGACCCUGCUGUCUACCAGCUGAAGAACUCUGCCAAGGUGAUGGUCACCAAUGUCACUUCCUUGCUGAAGAUGGUGAAGGCUGUCGAGGAUGAGGCCAGGAAAGGGACGCGGGCACUGGAGGCCACGAUAGAGCACAUCCACCAAGAGCUGGCGGUCUUCUCUUCCCCAGUGCCUCCUGCCCAGGUCUCGACCCCAGAGGACUUCAUCCGAAUGACGAAAGGCAUCACAAUGGCCACGGCCAAAGCUGUGGCCACUGGCAACUCGUGUCGGCAGGAGGAUGUCAUCGCCAUGGCCAAUCUGAGCCGCUGUGCCAUCGCAGACAUGCUGCAUGCCUGCAAGGAGGCUGCCUACCACCCGGAGGUGAGCGCGGACGUGCGGCAGUGGGUGCUGCGCUUUGGCAGGGAAUGUGCUGGUGGCUACCUGGAGCUGCUGGAGCAUGUGCUGGUGAUCCUGCAGAAGCCGACCCACGAGCUGAAGCAGCAGCUGUCCAGGUACUCCAAGCGGGUGGCCAGCUCUGUCACUGAGCUCAUCCAAGCAGCUGAAGCCAUGAAAGGGAUGGAGUGGGUUGACCCAGAAGAUCCCACGGUCAUCGCUGAGAAUGAGCUGCUAGGGGCAGCGGCUGCCAUUGAGGCUGCAGCUAAGAAGCUGGAGCAGCUGAAGCCAAGGUCCAAGACUAAGCAAGCACAUGAGAGCCUGGACUUUGAGGAGCAGAUCCUGGAAGCUGCCAAAUCUAUUGCGGCAGCUAUGAGUGCCCUGGUGAAGGCAGCCUCAGCAGCCCAGUGAUAAUUAGUGGCCCAAGGAAAGGUGGGAGCCAUCCCAGCCAACGCAGUGGAUGAUGGGCAGUGGUCCCAGGGACUCAUUUCAGCCGCACGCAUGGUGGCUGCUGCUACCAACAACCUGUGUGAAGCCGCCAACGCGGCAGUGCAGGGCCAUGCCAGUGAGGAGAAGCUCAUCUCAUCAGCCAAGCAGGUGGCUGCCUCCACAGCACAGCUCCUGGUGGCCUGCAAGGUGAAGGCUGACCAUGACUCGGAGGCCAUGAAGAGGCUCCAGGCUGCCGGCAACGCCGUGAAGAGAGCAUCAGAUAAUCUGGUGAAGGCAGCGCAGAAGGCAGCUGCCUUUCAGGACCACGAUGAGACUGUGGUGGUGAAGGAGAAGAUGGUGGGGGGAAUUGCACAGAUCAUUGCAGCCCAGGAGGAGAUGCUGCGCAAGGAGCGGGAGCUGGAGGAGGCGCGCAAGAAGCUGGCUAUGAUCCGGCAGCAGCAGUACAAGUUCCUGCCCUCCGAGCUGCAGGAGGAGGAGCAGAACUGAGCCCCACGCCACCGCUCUGUGCCCAGGCAGAGCCCUUCUGCCAUUCACUGCACAGACUGCUGCCGACAGCUCCUAUUUAAGACACCCCACCUCGAGCAACGCCGGGCUGCCUCGGGUAGACCAGAGCCCUGCCUGCACCGGCGCACCAGGACUAACCCAGACACCAUGCAGCACUGCCCUGAGCAGGUACCACACCAGCAUCUCCGCUUCGCCACCCAGCCUGCCUUCCCAUACACCCGCGCCAGGGCCCAACCAGCACCCCUGUAGGGGGCUGCUAGGAGUGGGAGCCUGUCCUGGACCGGCUCAGGGUGCCCCCGCUGCCAGCCCCAGUUGAGGGGACAUAGGGCUCCCUCCUGUGGUGGGGUCUGGCCCUCCAGACCUUUCAGAAUUUUUCUUGUGCCUUUGUCAUUCCUUCUCUUGCUCCUUUCUUCUCCCUCCUCCAGGCAGGAGAGGGGGAGGCUGGUGUCUUGCCCUAUCUUAUACACUGCUCUGCACCUUCCUUUGCUACGCUCUUGCACAGAGCUGCCUUUCACCUCUGUUGCCUUACUGCUGGCUGAAUCGACCACCCUUCUUCCUCUGCAGCAUCCCCAGGAGGCACUGAGCCACCCCAGAGCAUCCUCUCCAGCCUGGGCUUCUCGCUGGAGGACCGGGCUCACCACCGCAGUGCCUCUGCUCAGGGCUGGUGCAAGAUGGCUUCGCCCUAGAGCUGCUCUCCCCCACCUUGUCCGCUUUUCCAGGGACCCUGCCUCUCUGCCCUCUUCCUUCUCUUUCCCAAGUGCCUGCAUUGUUUUCCAAGAUUUUUCAGUAUUUUUAUAACUUCUAAAUUUCUGUAGUAUUGAGCCUGCAGCUUUCAAAGUUAAUUUAUCUCCUUGUUCACAUCAUCCCCACUAACUGCCUGCAGCCCAGCGCCUGCCCAGUGGCCCGGAACUCCUCACCCCUCCACGGCUCCAGGACCCCAUCCCUCCCCUUGCACUUGCUGAGGCUUCUCUCACUAUUUUGAUACUUUAAGCAUCCCCUAUUACACAUAGAAGGAAGCCAGCUCUCCCUGAGGCUCUAGGGUGCGGUAGGGGGAUGCGGAUGGCUCCUUGGAAAGAUGCCUUCAUCAAUAAAAAAGGAUUUCCUGCUUUC